ACAACACUGCACUUGCAAGCCGGGCUUUGUUAUCGCACAAAUUUUAUGUAAACAAAAGAAAACUUCGAUCUGCUCCAUGAUCACCUUAGCCCCUCUGAUCGUCCUAGUCCUCGCUUGCCUGGGAAACACGGCCAGCGAGAAGUUGCCCAACAUUCUGCUGAUCCUGUCCGACGAUCAGGAUGUGGAGCUGCGCGGUAUGUUUCCCAUGGAGCAUACGAUCGAAAUGCUGGGUUUCGGUGGCGCCCUGUUCCACAACGCCUACACGCCCUCGCCCAUCUGCUGUCCGGCGAGGACGAGUCUGCUGACGGGCAUGUAUGCGCACAAUCACGGCACCCGGAACAAUUCCGUAAGUGGUGGAUGCUACGGACCGCACUGGCGGCGUGCCCUGGAGCCCCGGGCUUUGCCAUACAUCUUGCAGCAGCACGGAUACAACACCUUCUUUGGCGGGAAGUACUUGAAUCAGUACUGGGGCGCUGGGGAUGUGCCAAAGGGUUGGAAUAACUUCUACGGCCUUCACGGGAACUCUAGAUACUAUAACUACACACUGCGCGAAAAUACCGGCAACGUGCACUACGAGUCGACCUACCUAUCCGAUCUGCUAAGAGAUCGCGCCGCUGACUUUCUAAGAAAUGCUACACAAUCCUCGGAACCGUUCUUCGCGAUGGUCGCCCCACCGGCAGCCCAUGAACCCUUCACUCCGGCACCAAGACAUGAGGGUGUGUUCUCCCAUAUCGAAGCCCUGCGCACACCCAGCUUCAAUCAAGUUAAGCAGGAUAAGCACUGGUUGGUGCGAGCAGCACGUCGUCUGCCCAACGAAACCAUCAACACCAUAGACACGUAUUUCCAGAAACGCUGGGAAACGCUGCUGGCCGUGGACGAACUGGUCGUCACCUUGAUGGGAGUGCUAAACGAUACGCAAUCGUUGGAGAACACCUACAUUAUCUACACCUCGGAUAACGGCUACCAUGUGGGGCAGUUUGCACAGCCCUUCGAUAAGAGACAGCCCUACGAAACGGAUAUUAACGUACCGCUGCUAAUCCGGGGACCUGGAAUAGCACCUGAGAGCCACAUUGACACUGCCGUCAGUCUAGUGGACUUGGCACCGACUAUAUUGGCCUGGGCCGACAUCGACACACCAUCCUACAUGGAUGGGCAAUCAUUUCACGAGCUUUUGCUCAACAAAAGGCGAAGGGUUCCAUUUUUCGAGCGUUCCCUGUUGAUCGAGUACUGGGGCGAGGGAACUCUGGCCACCUUUAAUCCUGAAUGCCCUUGGCCAGAAAAGGAUCGAUUGGCGCAGUGCACCCCCGCAGCGGAUUGCCAUUGCCAGGAUGCAUGGAACAACACCUACGCCUGCUUAAGAAAUAUUCGCCAUCGCGAGGAUCGCAUUUACUGCGAAUUUCGGGAUAACGAGAACUUUUUGGAGGCAUAUGACCUGCAACUGGAUCCCUUUCAAAUGACCAACAUUGCCUACGAUCUGCUGCCCAUUGAACGAGCUUUGUAUUCGUUGCGUCUCAAGAAUCUCACACAGUGUUCGGGCCACUCGUGUUUUGUAUAGAUAUAUGCAUAUUACUCCUAGCCAAAUAGUAAUCCAAAACCAAAUUCAAGUCCGCUGGGCGCAUAUAGAUUUCAUAUUCAGAUAUCAUGUGAUUUAUGUUGCUAUAUACAUAGUCUCAUAUUAAUCGU